AUGGACAACGGAAAACUCAUUGGAUGUGUAUAUUUGGACCUGUCCAAGGCGUUCGACACUAUCGGUCAUGGUAUUCUCUUGGACAAGUUACCUGCGUAUGGUGUUGUAGGCCCUGAACUUGCUUGGUAUACAGAUUACCUAUUCAAUAGAACUCAGUUGGUUGAAAUGCAAAACAAUUGCUCCAGGCCAAGCACUAUUACCAUUGGAGUGCCGCAAGGAUCCAUCUUGGGUCCUUUAAUGUUUAUAGUGCUUUUCAAUGAGGGUCUAGGAUAG